GUUACGUACAGUGAUGCCCUCUUUUAAAACUCGGUCGAAUUAUGGAGGGUGUGUACUUCCUUUCGUGUUGUCCAGGUGGUCGUCUUGUCGAGAAAUAUAAUAUAAAAAGCAACGCAACGUGAUUUUAAGACGGUGCUAAUUAAGUGGAACUCUUAAGAAAUUUCAGAUUGUAUUUAAAAGUGCCACUAGCAGUUUGACGAAUAUUUGUUAGUCCAAAUUUAGGUACUAGGAGGGAAUGGUGAAGUAUAGUACGGAACGCUGCGAGGAGGCACCUCGGAAUCGUAAUGGCUAAAAUGAGUUAGCUUCCCGUAGGAGUUUUUACAUUUAGUUUAAUUUCAGAAAAUAAACGCGGUAUAGAUACAAACAGGACUUUCAGAUAACCCGACCAUGACGACUGACAACGAAUUCGAGUUAAAUGAGCUAGAAGUUUCAAUCUUGUCUUCAUCCUACGAAGAUACAGCACGCAACACACGAAGAGCUAUUGAGGAUGCCCGAUCUCUUGCUAGCGUCCACGUUAGCAAAGGUAUUUUAUGGCCUAUGGCAGGCUUUUUGCUGAUCAAUGCAGCGCUAGGAGCAGGCGUUCUUCAUUUCCCAUCUGCGUACUUCGAAGCUGGAGGUAUUUUACCUGCAACGCUUGUGCAGAUUCAUCUAAUGUUCCUAUUGAGUUUGACCAUGAUCAUUUUGGCAUCCGUGGCUGACCUGCGUUGCGACAAUGCCUACCACGAUGUCGUGCGUACGGCUUGUGGACCAGUUGCGCAACGUCUUGCUGCGCUCUCUGUUGUACUUGCCUGCUACGGAGCGUCUGUCAGUUUUCUUGUUAUCAUCGGUGAUCAGUAUGAUCGAUUAUUUUCAUCAUUGUACGGAAGCCGAUUUUGCGACGUGUUCUACCUGAGGCGCGAAUUCACCAUUUCAGCUACCUCCGUUGUUUUUAUUUUCCCAUUUUGCUUUUUCAGAAGGCUGGACUUCUUAAAAUUUGGCAGUAUUCUGGGCGUGAUGGUAAUGGUAUAUCCAAUACUCCUGAUCAUCCUCGCGUAUUGCGGACCGGGGCAAGCUUGGAUCGCAGCCGACAUAAGACGUUAUAAGGAAGCACAGCUGCACAGCAUCGUGGACCAAAUAGUAGCCGCAGGAAGGGCUGUACCAACAGUGUGUUUUGCCUACCAGACUCACGAGGUCGUUGUGCCGAUUUACGCGAAUUUACGAAACCGUCAUUUGUAUGAAAUGCUCCGUGCUACUCUAUUAUGCAUGGCUGUACUAUUUACGAUCUAUUCCACCACUGGAAUUCUCGGAUGCAUUACCUUUGGCGCCGCCGUUCGACCGGACGUCAUACAAAACUUUGAUGCGAAUUCACCAUACGUUCUUGCAGGUAUUGUUGUCUUAAUAAUAAAAAUGGUGUUCACGUAUCCCCUACUUGUUGUGUGCGGCCGAGGAGUGCUGGAACGUGUUGAAUUAGCUAGGUUUAAGCAACGUGAUUGCACCAGCAGGGAUUGGAGCGUGUAUACACAUUAUAUAAUCACCCUCGUAUGGUUCGCUACGAGCCUGAUGCUUGCUACAACUAUAUACAACCUUACCAAAGUCAUCGACUGGAUAGGAGGUCUAGCCUGCGCCAAUAUCUUUAUUUUUCCAGGUAUGUGCCUGGUAGGAAUAUCGACUAAUAGCAAGGAGUUCCGCAUUCAAAGGCCCGUUUUGAACCUUCUCGUAGGAAUAGUACUUGUUCUAAUAGGCAUCGGUUUAUCAACGAUGGUAUUCGCUAAGCAGUUAUAUGAAGAGGACGAUGAACUAGAAGUCUUGCUGUGCAACCCUGCGGUAUAGAACUAUCCGCUGUCUUGAAGCUCUUCGUUGGUGACCUAAAGUGUCUUAGCAUGUUCCUUGAGUUUUACUGAAAUUUAAAUAUCAUAAAAUUAUAUAAAAAAAAGUUUCCAAGAAGUGGGUUGAAGUUGGAUACACCAUAAUUACGAAGAAAGAUCAUGAUAUACGUAAUUAUUCCUUGUGCCGUUGCGCUACGCGGACAGUUCAUUAUGACUGAUGCACUAUUCU